AUGGUUUCCUUAACAAAGAGAGUCCUAUUUGAGAUUAUUCCAAACGGUCCAAACGAGACUACGAUUACUCUAUCUUCUACUACCAACAAAGGGCAUUAUGUCUCACUAAGACCUUUUGUUAAUGGAGAAGGUAAGGAGUUCCCAUUUGAAUGGGCAUUUGGUGGUACUAGUGACACCCUUGAAGUGAGAAAGAUUGACGAAAGAAGCAAUGGAUUGGAUUUCAACUUCAAGUUUGACACGAAUGUCAAGCUAGAAAUCCCUGAAACCCAUCGCGGUGUGAUCAAGACUGUUUUCAAGACUUGGGAUGCCGGUCUGGUUGAAGAAACCGGGUCUGUGUUCCCAUUUGGCCCAGAUGGAGCGGAAGUCAAGUUCAGAGAACUAUGGCAACCAAUUGAUCCAACAAGAUUGGAGUUCGUUGAGUUGAGUCACGGAAAUGAUGUGGACCCUAACGCAACUUCUAUUGCUUUACAUACUGACAACUCCGAAUACGAAGGUUUGGUCGUUAUUGUAGGUAACUGGGUGCAAGGUAUUUUGUUCAAGAAAGGCGAAAACACUCUGAAGGGUGUUAACUUGGUGCGUUCCCAAAUCGAUGCCAAUAAGUCGGUCAAAGACUUGUUCAAGUUCGGACCGGAUGCUGCCAAGUUCCCCACGGAACUCCUCUUGAAGGAAGGCUCAAAGACCACUUCAAACGGUGUGGAAUGGUCCGUGAUUGAAUCCAACUUAUGA